CAUGGCCACCCACACGUCCCUUGUUGACUGGGAGCCUGCUUGCUAAAUGAUGUUAAAUAAGACAGUGGCAUAAAAUGAUUCAAUCGGGAUUUUAUCAAUCCCAGAUCACAAAUAUGUAUUGUACACACAAAGCGUUUGAAAAACGAGUUCAGUAGCGAACGAUAUUGAACGUGUAGAUGGGUAACCAACCCUCGAGCUAGCUGUGCUAGUUGGGCACAAACAUAAACAUUCCUUUAAGGCUAGCUAGCUUCGAAAUUGAAAGAUUCAUUUAUUGUGGGAAGAUGUUGGGUUUUCUAACAGCAAGACAGGCUGGACUUGACGACCCACUUCGUCUGAGACGGGCAGAGUCAACACGGAGGGUCCUCAAUUUAGAGCUGAAUCAUGACAGAGAUGUGGAUCGAAUCCAUAGCAACGGCGUAAACACCAUAGACAUUGAAGUCAUUGAGGGCAGAUACAUGCUGUCUGGAGGGGCAGAUGGGGUGAUUGUGGUGUAUGACCUGGAGAACAACAGCAGGAAACCCCAAUACACCUGUAAAGCAGUCUGCACUGUAGGCAGGUCCAGUCGGUAUGUCCACAGGUUCAGUGUAGAGACAGUGCAGUGGUACCCACACGACACAGGCAUGUUUGUCUCCAGCUCCUUUGACAAAACCAUGAAGGUCUGGGACACUGAGACACUAAAGCCCGCUGAAGUGUUCCAGUUUGAAGGAAACGUCUACUGUCAUCACAUGUCCCCCAUUGCCAGGAAACACAGCCUCAUCGCAGUGGGUACCAAAGACCAGAAAGUACAGCUCUGUGACCUGAAGUCUGGCUCACGCAUCCAGGUUUUGCAGGGUCACAGAGGUGAGGUCCUAUCUGUUCGAUGGUCGCCAAGAUAUGAGCACAUUUUAGCUACAGCCAGUACUGACAGCAGGGUGUUGGUGUGGGAUGUGCGUCGGGCCUCAGGGAGCCUGUUUUCUCUGGAUCAACACAACGGGGACAAGUCCAAGGCCUCAUCAGAGGCAGUGAACACAGCCCAUAAUGGAAGGGUAAAUGGCCUCUGCUUCACGGUCGACGGCCUCUACCUUCUCACCACGGGAACAGACGACCGCAUGAGGCUGUGGAACAGUGCCAAUGGAAAAAACACACUGGUGAAUUAUGGGAAGGUGAGUAACAAUAGCCGUAAGGGGUUAAAGAUCACGGUGUCUCGUAGCUGCAGCCCGGAGUUUGUGUUUGUACCUUGUGGCAGCUCAGUGGCGGUGUACACUCUACACACCGGGGAGCUCGUAACCAUGCUAAGGGGACACUACAACAACGUGGACUGCUGCCAGUUCCACCCCGACUACCAGGAGCUAUACAGCGGGGGUAAAGACUGUAACAUCCUAGCCUGGGUUCCUGUUGUACGACCACCAGACAUGGAAGAAGAAGGGACAGCCGCCAAGGGUGGGAGCCAGGCUACGGUGAAUCCUGCUUUUGAAGACGCAUGGAGCAGUGAUGAGGACUGAUGCAUAAGCACAACUGUACAGCCCUACUCCAUCGGACAUAGCUUUAGGAAUCUCAUCAUGGUGCUAGCUUUAGGAAUCUCAUCAUGGUGCUAGCUUUAGGAAUCUCAUCAUGGUGCUAGCUUUAGGAAUCUCAUCAUGGUGCUAGCUUUAGGAAUCUCAUCAUGGUGCGAGCUUUAGGAAUCUCAUCAUGGUGCUAGCUUCAGGAAUCUCAUGUUGCAUCUGAAGACUUAAAAAAAAAACUACAAAUGCAGUUUACAUUACAUUACAUUUACAUUUAAGUCAUUUAGCAGACGCUCUUAUCCAGAGCGACUUACAACUCUACUGUGGAGUUGGAGAAUGAACCUUAAUAGACUUUGAAUCUCUGUUGUGAUAUCUGAUUUAUCUUUUAUUUUUAUAUACAAAAUGGAAAUCUACACUGAGUGUUUGAAACAUUAGGAACACCUUCCUAAUAUUCAGUUGCAUCCCCUUUUGCCCCAGAACAGCCUCAAUUUGUCGGGGCACCUCUACAGGUGUCGAAAGCGUUUCACAGGGAUGCUGGCUCAUGUUGACUCCAACCCACAGUUGUGUUAAUUUAGCUGGAUGUCCUUUGGGUGUUGGACCAUUCUUGAUACACACGGGAAACUGUUACCCAUCUGCGUUGCAGUUAUUGACACACUCAAACCGGUGUGCCUGGCACCUACUACCAGCAGCAUACUGUCAGCAGCAUACUGUCAGCAGCAUACUGUCAGCAGCAGCAGCAUACUGUCAGCAGCAUACUGUC